UGUCGCACGUCCGUCAGAGUAACCUGCGGAAGUAAACCCACGUACACAACAAAGAUGGAGGGCGAAAUUUCAGAUAUGAACAGACCUCAAAUGUACUUAUUUGGUUGUACCCUCAAAUCGGACAAAAGGGAGUACAAAGUUGACGUCGACGACGAUGAAACGGAGCAACAGUUGUCAAUUAAAGCAGCGUGCUUGGGAGCCGAGGCUGAGGACAAGUUCCACAUGGUGGAAGUGGAGGCCCUCACAUAUGAUGGGAAGGCCACCAAAGUGCCACUGGUCGUACUGAAGCCAUCCGUCCUGCCCUCUAUGAGUUUAGGUGGAUUUGAGAUCACGCCACCAGUUACCUUACGUCUCCUGUCAGGUUCCGGGCCGGUGCACAUCAGCGGGCAACAUUUUGUCAGUGUGAAAGAGUCAGACGAUGAAGAAGAACACAACACGUCGCCGGUGAAGCGGCCCGCGAGCUUGAUGAAAGGGAAAAAGGCUGCGCUGAAAAAGCUGAAGAUGGAGACGGAUGAGGACAGCGACGAGGAGGAUGAUGACGACGACGACGAUGAUGAAGAGGACGACAGUGAUGAAAAUGCAGUGACGCCCCAGAAGAGUGCCAAGAAGAGCCCAGAAAAGUCAAAGAAGGCCAACAAGAGAAUGAUGAAACAUAACGGCCCCGCAGCAAAACCGUUAGGAUCAGGGCUCCAAGCACAGGUUAAGACACCUGUUCCAGGAAAAGACAAACCCCAGACCGGGCCGUCUAAAUCUCAGUCUUUGGCCGAGAUAAAGAGCAAGUUGUCAGCGGCAGCCAAAGAGGGGGGACUGCUGCCCAAGACGGAGCAGAAGUUUGAGAAUUUUGUGAGGAACUCCCUUAAUAUUUCUGACAAAAGCGUGGUCAAGGACCUGUGGAGAUUUGUAAAUACGGUGAAGAUGGAGAGGAAGUAGACGUCCUCGCCUUCUUCUGAAAUGAUGUUGUUGCGUCCCGUCAGGUGAUUUAAAGGCACAGUCGGCGACAUUUCCUACUUAGCCUUUUAUCGUGUCAACAUCUUUGUAUGGCUCGCAAGGGACCCCUUUUUAGACGCACGACGUGGAGCCACUAGUAUUUCACCCUAUGACACAUUUAGCACAAGCCGCCCAUCUUGUCACAUGUCAAUCCGCACCACCUGUAGGAGAGCGAGGCGACACAUGGCCAGUUCAGACCUGCUGCUGAGUGCCACCUGCUGCUUUUACGUUCAUACAUACAUGACAAUAUCAAGGCAUUUGAAGAAUUGAAUAAAGAAGGCUGGGUUCCUCAUAAAAGGCACAGGCAAAUUAAUGCCUGAUCUGAUGCAAGAUCUCCAGUCAUGACUUCUCGGGAUAUGAGCAUCAGUCAAUGACUUCUGUACAACAAGCCCAAUUGCAUGUGACUCUAUCUUCCUCUUCAAACGGUGAGUUUUAAGUCCUUCACACACACACACACACACACACACACACACACACACACACACACACGCGGGUGUAAAUCCUACAACAGUAGCUAUAAAACAUGAAGCACCUGCAGAUGUCACAUUUUAUUACAUUCAGGUGGUGCAAGAUGUGUAAUUGUGUGCAUGCUGGGAUUGGCGUGUCUGCAUCUUACUUUGCUUGCAUGUUCCAUUAAAAAAAAAAAAACAAAACAAAAAACAUCUACCAUUGCGGCCGACACCGACCGUGGGAGCUCUGCGUUCUGUUAACCUGUGCGUCCAAAAGAGUCAGUCAUGAAAUCGGAAAUAUUGCAGAAUGUGCCUUUAAAUGUCUCUACUGUACAAUGAGAUACGUCCCAGUUCUUAUGUGAAUGACAGCCAUGUUAUGUUUGUUUGCUUUAUAUGACUUUGUUAUACAUGCUUUGUACAGUUUUUGUGUUUAAGUAAGCACCGUCAACACCAAAGCCACGGUUUGGUUAUCCAGCAGUCCCCACAGCGAUUCAGAAGCCAACUCUAUAGAAAUAAAAACACUCAUCUAGUUGCAGUACAUGCUGCAGUAACUGUUGCAUAUCUUUCCAACUCAAACGAAUUUUCUCGCUUGAUGUUCUUCCAGGAACACACCUGGCGCUUCUGGAUCAGACGGGUGUCAUUCUUUCCCUUUCUGCUUUUCUCUUUUAACACAUUUGAUGCAAAUGUAAGGUUUUAUUCCCGGAGUCAUGUCGAAAUAUAGAAACCGGCCGCAGACGUAACGAAUAGCUUCGAUGUAGAAAAUCAGUGUGUUCUAUAAAACCCGACAGAUGUGUUUUUCUGUUUGACUCCUCAAAGCGGCGCAUUAAGAAGAAAUUAAAAGCACAGGGAACCAUCACGAGUUGCAUCGGCGCAUGUCCAAGUGGCCUGCAGUGCAUUUGAACGUAGGACAAUCCUGUGAUUCAGCAAGAGCAUGGUGUUUAUUGCAACAUAAUCAUAAGGUAUCUAUCAGAGAAUGACAUGAGCAUAGAAUGAUGUCACCUUGACAGAAACCACAUAAAGUACACAAGCCCUCCUUAAUUGUUUGCACUCGCGGAUGUCUGACGGCUAAAAGCGUGCGCUCAAUCCACGCUUAUUAUGUGUUUAUGAUGCCGUUUUACGGGGCAAAUGUUGGCACCGGGAUGCCGUCUUUUAACGAUACAAAUGGCUCGCGUCAGCUUUGUCGCUAAUGAUUACUUGGAAUAAAACCUUGUAACCGUGUUCAUCUCAUCUACCGACUCUUCAUUUGCUACAUCGAUCAUGUCGCAAAAUCUCAUUUUUGUUUUGUCUUAGGGUCCCUCCGCUGAAUUGAAUGUGUUUUUUUUCUACAAAGACACUCAAAAAAAUAGCAACACUAUAUACAAUAUAUACUUUUGUGUUUGCUCCCAUCUUUCAUGAGCUGAACUCAUGUAUGCCAAAGGCCUGUAUCUUUCAAAUAUCGUUCACAGAUCUGUCUGAAUUUGUGUUAGUGAGCACUUUUCCUUUGCACAGCCUUAGCCUGGUCACACUAAAAGGCCACCACAAAUGUACAGUUUCACUGUAUUGGGGUUUCAGACAGUUUGUAAUAAUGCAACACCAUUGUUGCAGCAGCUGUUUGUCAGUGGCUGGUCUCAAACCAUCUUGGAGGUAAAGGUGCCGGCUUCGGAGAUCCUGGGCUGGUGUCGUUACACGUGGUCAGUGGUUGUGAGGCCGUUUGGAUGUACAGUAAUCCCUCGUUGAUUGCAAUUAAUUGCGGUUAACUGUAAUAAUUGAAUUUCCGCAAAGUAGGAUUUCUUAUUUAUAAAUGGAAUAUUUUGGUAGUUAGAACAUAGAAAACUUGUUUACGACGCUUUUUAACAUUAUUAGAGCACUCUGUUCAUGUAAUAACACCCCUAUAGCCGCCUUUACGAUCAUAUUACACAAUAUAGUAGAUAUGAUAAGAGAAAAUAAGACCUAAUAUAGACUCGCACGUUAGCAUUGGGAAAGUUUCUUCUUGUUCUUUUUUUUACUUCCUGUUCUUUACAGUACAGCGGUGCCUUGAUUAACGUCAUUAAUCCGUUCCAGAAGGUCUGACUCAAAACAAAACGCACUCUAACCAAAGCAAAUUUUCCCAUAGAAAACAAUGUAAAUCCAAUUAAUCAGUUCCAGACACCCAAAAAUGUUAACACAAAACACAUUUUAUAGACAAUAAUUAUAGUUUUACUUGAUGCAAAAAGAAUUGCAAAUGACAAAUGAAUGGACAACUGAACAUGUAACAUAACUUUUAUCUAGUUUUGUUGGAAAAAAAUAACGACAAAACCAUCAGUUAACAUAAUAAACACAUUCUGCUGCAACCGCAAUUUGCAAAAGUGUAAAAAAAUAUAUCAAACUAAACAAACUUUCUAGAACCAGUUAACUUGAUCCUUGCCAUUUAAUAUAGAAAAUAUUUUUAAAAACGCCAGCGGAAGUGACGUUGCGGAAGUGCGCUGGCGAGGAUGCCUUACGUCUGGUGACGUGUGCUAUGUUUGACCCGAACAUGCUACAAUAAGUUGGAAUGUUUAUGUUUGAAAUGAAAUGGAUGUAAAAUGAAACCAGCAGAGACACCGGGUGUCACCCUCGAUGCGCCGCCACAUUGAUAAGACUGUUACGCGGGACGUUUUUUCUGUUUCUGUUUUGUGCAGCCCGUCUGUUUGUUACGUCGCGUAUCUCUCUCCUGCAACAAGUCAACAAAUGCUGUUGCUCUAAAAUGGCGCCCGCAGCCCACAGUGCAUUGUGCGAUCACGUGCAAGUAUCGCCAGAUUUGUCUUUGCGCGUGAGCCAAGAUGACGGCGUAAACAAACCGGACGCUAAACAAGCGGGUGAACGCAAGCCAAGGCAACCAAAACCGGGGCGGACAUUACCCAAGGUGCCACUGUACUUCCUGUGGUGGCUAUUGUCUCACCGGUGUAACAUUAUUGACACCUAGAGGCCAGUGUAGAAUACUACAUAUCAUCACGAUAUCAUCUUUGAAUGCAUCUUCUGAGUGCCUUAUAUUUGCAUUUUUGUUCAUUUAGCCAUUUUUAUGCUGGAAAUGCUUCAUUUAGGCAAAACAUUUCCCUAAAUAUGCAUAUUUUUGACUAAUAGGCCGUGUUCAACCACAAAACAGCAAUGAUGUAUUAAUACUAUAUGUUUUAAAAAAAAAAAAAACUGACAGAGUGAAGCUGCCAAAUUUGAAGCGCAAAGUGGCUGUACACAUUCCCUCAACACUUGGCGACACCCAUGGCAUUGUGCUGUGUGAUAAAACCGCACAUUUUUGAGUGGCCUUUUGUUGUGGCCAGCCUAAGGUACUCGAUAAUCAUGCUGUCUUAUCAGCAUCUCGAUUUGCCACACGUGAGUUGGAGGGAUUUUCUAGACAAGCAGAAGUGUAGAUUUGUGAACAAUAUCUGAGAGAAAUACGCCUUUUUGUGUUCAUAGAAAAAGUUGUGCGUCUUGGGAUGGCAGCAAAAACUAAAGUUGUGCGUUUAUAUUUGAGGUGAGUGUAAGUAUUGUGCAUACGGCAGCUGAACAACAAUAUUUUAGUGUGUAAAGAUAGCAAUGCGUAAUCCGCCCUUUUUUGUGAUUGUCUUUUAUGUUUUAUUUAAAACUCACAUUGUUCUUUUCCUUUAGUUUCCCUAAUGAGACAUUGUUUGUGUUUUGAAGACUGUACGUGAUUGCAUUGUGUUGAUGAGGUAUAAUUAGGUUAAAAUGAUAAAGUUUGGACUACUAUACUGUUAGAACAACUCCCUUAAUCUGUAAAAACUGUAGUUUGUAGAGUAAGUAUGACUUCAUAUCAGUGCAUAUGCAGGUGCAAUACCAAAUGUGAAUUGCUAAGGUGACUCAACUUGUGUCUUACAAUUGGAACAUGGUUCAUUCAUCUUUAACCAGCCUGUACAAUUUGCCUAAAUAAAGACAAGUCUUGA